AUGGCUCAAUCAAAAGAUUCCCUUCUGAAAAGUUACAACACAAGACUCAAGGAUGAUGUGAAGAGUAUGCUGGAAAACUUUGAAGAAAUCAUAAAAAUGGCAAAGGGAGAAAAUGAAGGAAGCCAAUUAUCAAAAUUAACUCAAUGUGAACAAGAUGCAUAUGAAAUGCAAGUGAGAGCUGCUAAUAUUGUACGAGCCGGUGAAAGCCUUUUGAAGCUCGUUUCAGACAUCAAACAAUUCCUGGUCUUAAAUGAUUUCCACUCAGUAAAUGAUGCUAUUUCAAGCAGUAGUUCACUUUAUCGAGCGACACAACAAGAUAGGGAUCAUAAACUUAUGAACCUAAGGGACGAAAUGGCGGUUGAUCUGUAUGAUUUAGAACUCGAAUAUUACACAGGAUCAAUAUAAAUUUAUUAUAUUUAAAUAUAUCUUAAUUAUAUACAUAUAAAAAAUAUGAAUUAUUUCUUGAAUCUUUUCUUAAAACGAUCUAAAAC